ACUUUACAUGAACCGUGAGUUCGACUGGCACAUAAAACUAGUUGUGGGCAGUGCGCGCGAAUUGUGCGACCGAGAUACCGCAGUCCAUGGUGUUGUGCAAAUAGUACCGAAUCUCUCCGCUUCUAAGCGGACUCUUAAUACUGACUACAAAUAAGACACAUGUAACCGUCUUAGCAUCUUCUUGAAGUUGGAUAAGAGAUGACGGAUCCCUAGCGACGCAUAAGGUGGUCUGAAUCUCGACCAAAGAGGAAUAACAUCUGAAGACAACAUCCGAAGUUGGCAGGACACCGCGCGCUUCGUUACGCCUUCGAUUUUUAGGAGAUAUCUGUUCAGGAUUAUUGCCUAGAUUCUUCUCAAUAUCUGCCGUAUGACUUUACCUUUAACAGAAGAUUGAGCUGGUUUAGUUUAAGUGUUUUUAAAGACAGUUAGUGUCAUGAUGAACUCUAGGCGCACGUUGUUUUCAGCAGGUUGGGAGUCGAUGGUGCUGUCCAGCGUCCUGCUUCUUCACAUUAUUGCGCUGUGUGUGAAUGGCAGUUCAUUUAUCUCCAAUUCUACCGGCACUAACUCCUCAGAUUUGAAUGGCGUAGAGGUAAAGCCUGCAUUUACUGGUGAGAACACACCUAUCGCCCGGGCACAUGUUCACUCUCGGAAACCACGAGCUGGAGACGAGUCUGGCAGCGGUGGAGAAACCUCAACCAGUGCCGUCACAGAAAUCACUGUUGAUACUUCUGAAAGGGAGCACCUUGUUGGUCUUACAAUAGGUGGCAUAGCUGCCCGGCUGCCCACUCUAGCUGAAUCCCAAAAACGAGCACUGUUCCAGCUAGAUUUUAAUGAGGAGGGAAUGCAAGACAGCGCACCACAUUGGAAGAGCAAUAGACUACAAGCGGAUGGGACUUUGUUAGAUCCAGUCACAAGUCCUCCUUCUGAGUCCAGUCAUUCCAAACCAGAAGAAAUCAUCACAGUCAAUUUUCACAGUCCUUCUCCUCAACUGGAGAUCGUCCAUGAUCCUCCUGGUUUGGCUCAGGAGCUCCAGGGAGGAGAUCCAACAUCCUGGACUGAUUUCUAUGAUUAUCUGUCACCUGACUAUUCACCAACUGAAGUGUAUCUAGAGGAGAGCCAACCAACACCACCUGACAUGGAAGAUGAAAAUGUUCCUUUCAUUGCCAGUGCGGUUCCCUCCAACACAGGGGUUGUUGAUUAUAGUGGAUCUGGAGAAAGUUUACCCGGAGCAGCGAAUGUGCUUGGCAACUCUGGUUGUCUUCUUGGAUUUGUGCGUAGAAACGGCACCUGUGUGUCACCGUGCGACAUCUUUACCGGAUACUGCUUCAAUGGGGGUCGGUGUUACGUGGUUGAUGGUAUUGGUGCUUUUUGCCGGUGCAACAUUCAGGAGUAUAUCUGGAACAAGGGCUCCAGGUGUGAAUCAGUCAUUUCAGAUUUCCAAGUGAUGUGUAUAGCCGUGGGUGGAGCCGCCAUCAUGUUGCUUCUCCUCUUCAUGGUUAUAGUGUUUUUCUCCAAGAGGCUGCAUGUGCUUAAGACUGAAAACAGACGCCUUCGCAAGCACAGUAAGUACCGUCCAAAGUCGGAGCAGCACAUUGAUAACUUCUCGCUGUCCACUGUUGCAGAGGGCUCUCAGGCAAACGUAAGGAAACUGUGUGACACCCCGACUAACCUCCCCCAUGCUCGUGCUUUGGCUUACUAUGAUAACAUUGUGUGUCAGGAUGACACAAGCAAAGAAGAGCCAUGCAAAUGUCCCCCUAAAGAGGACGAGUCUUUGAACAACCAGAACUCAGUCACGCCAAAACUGGAAAACGACAAGCCUGCCACAGAGGACAAUGCAGAGGAGGGUGGUGUGACCAUCGACUUAGAGUUGCUGCUCCCCAAAGAGGCAAAAAUGGUCCCCGAGACAAGUCCCCCACUCCACUACAAUGUCUUUCUCUACAAGCUCCCCAAAUCCCCUAAAAAGUCCCCUGUGCUGCGCCGCCCCCCUGGCAGAUCCGUACAGGGAAGGCCUCUGUCCCAGCUCUGCCCCAGACGCAGCUCUGAACCCGGAUACAGCCCCAUUAGCACACGUUCCCUUCCGGGGGUGCUGUCCGGGUCAUCAAGUCCUCGCCUGGGAACAGCCUACACACCUUAAAACCAGCGGAAGACUCCAACACUGGCUGAUUCACAGUGACUUCACAUUAUUCACAUAUGCCUCUUGAACAUGACAAAUUUAAGAGACUUUGAUUGGUAAUGAGUGAGUCUUUUGUUUAAACUAAUCAUGAAUCAGGUCGCCUAUUGUAUUGGCCUUGACUUAUGCUGUAUAUGUCCCAAACCAGUGCAAGCAAUGGGUAAGCUGACUAAGCUCAACCUGAAAUACGAAAUGUCAUCAUUUACUCACUUUUAUUUCAGUCCUGCAAGACAUUUGUUCAUCUUCAAAACAGAAAUGAAGAGAUUUGAUUUCUGUUCUGUCUGCCACAUUUUAUUCAAAUUGGCUUUACCAAAAACUUAUGUUCAGAAAAAAACAGAAUAUAUAUUCAAUAUUUUGAUAAUUCUUUCAGUGA